UCCACCCAGCUCGCUGGACGCUAGUGCAAGAUGGAGAAAUGAAAUGUACACGCAUCUCGAUUGUUUUAGGAGACCACACAAAACUAUGCUGAGGAGGAGGAAAUGGAGCUAGUGAACCGACGCAGUUUCUGGAAUUGUGAAUGAAACAUGAUGUUAAGUGGGUAUUGCCAAAUUACUUACUGAGCAUCAGAUAGAAACUAGCGACAAUGAAGGUCGACAGAAGCAAGUUAAAGAAAACCCCAACAGAAGCUCCUGCUGACUGCAGGACGCUCAUAGAGAAGCUCAAGGGAUGCAGCGACGAGCAACUACUGCUGGAGCUGCAGCACAUCAAGACCUGGAAUAUUGGCAAGUGUGAGCUUUACCAUUGGGUUGACCUGCUGGACCGUUUUGAUGGGAUCCUGUGUGAUGCGGGCCAGACGGUGGAGAACAUGUCGUGGUUGCUGGUCUGUGACCGGCCGGACAACGGGCAGCUCAAAGCCUUACUGCUGGCCGUGCUCAACUUCACAGCCCUGCUCAUUGAGUACAGCUUCUCCAGGCACCUCUACAGCUCCAUAGAGCACUUGACCACCCUGUUAGCAUCAUGUGACAUGCAGGUUGUUCUGUCUGUGCUGAACCUCCUCUACGUGUUCAGUAAACGCUCCAACUACAUCACCAGACUGGGCUCUGACAAGAGGACCCCCCUGCUGGCACGCCUACAACAUCUUGCUGAGAGCUGGGGAGGAAAAGAGAAUGGCUUCGGCCUGGCAGAGUGCUGCAGGGACCUGGCUAUGACGAAGUACCCUCCCAGUGCCACCACACUGCACUUUGAGUUCUAUGCUGAGCCUGGCCCCGAGGUCAAAGUGGAGAGGAAGACCAGUAGUAACACACUACACUACAUUCACAUCGAACAGCUCGACAAGAUCUCUGAGAGUCCCAGUGAGAUCAUGGAGUCUCUGACGGUGAUGUACAACAUCCCUAAAGACAAGCAGACCCUGCUGUUCACGCACAUCAGACUGGCCCACGGCUUCUCCAACCACAAGAAGAGACUACAAGCUGUACAGGCCAGGCUCCACGCCAUCUCUAUCCUGGUGUACUCCAAUGCACUCCAGGAGUCUGCCAACAGUAUUCUCUACAACGGCUUGAUAGAGGAGCUGGUGGACGUGCUACAGAUUACAGACAAACAGCUUGUGGACAUAAAGGCAGCGUCUUUACGCACCUUAACGUCCAUUGUGCACCUUGAGAGGACACCCAAGCUGUCCAACAUCAUCGACUGCACCGGCACAGCCUCUUACCACGGCUUCCUGCCUGUCCUGGUGCGCAACUGCAUACAGGCCAUGAUCGACCCUCUGAUGGAGCCGUACCCGCACCAGUUUGCCACGGCGCUGUUCUCCUUCCUCUACCACCUGGCUAGUUACGACGCUGGGGGGGAGGCCCUGGUCUCCUGUGGGAUGAUGGAAGCCCUGCUCAAGGUGAUCAAGUUCCUGGGGGACGAGCAGGACCAGAUCACGUUUGUGACGCGUGCGGUCCGAGUGGUGGACCUCAUCACCAAUCUGGACAUGGCAGCCUUCCAGUCACACACUGGCCUUACCAUCUUCAUCAGCAGGCUGGAGCAUGAGGUAGACCUGUCUAGGAAAGAGUGUCCUUUUGUCAUCAAGCCAAAGAUCCAGAGACCCAACUCUACCGUAGAAUCUGAGGACAUGGACACGGACAUGGACGGCCAGUCAGAAAGCAUGUCAGAAGAGAGGAUGGAGAGCAGCCCUGGUCCCUCAACUUCCUCUGGCUCCAGACCUGAGACCGAUUCCAGAGGACUCAGCAACACUUCCAGCACGCCCCGUACAGGCGUCCAGUGUAUUCCCCAGAGGGCCGCUCUGUUGAAGUCAAUGUUAAACUUUUUAAAGAAAGCAAUCCAGGACCCUGCCUUCUCUGAUGGAAUCCGCCACGUCAUGGACGGGUCCUUGCCUACCUCACUCAAGCACAUCAUCAGUAAUGCCGAGUACUAUGGACCUUCUCUCUUCCUACUGGCAACGGAGGUGGUGACAGUGUUUGUGUUCCAGGAGCCGUCUCUGCUCUCCUCCCUGCAGGAUAACGGUCUGACUGAUGUCAUGCUGCAUGCCCUGCUCAUCAAAGACGUCCCGGCCACCCGGGAGGUGCUUGGUUCUCUCCCUAACGUGUUCAGUGCCCUGUGCCUGAACGCGCGAGGCCUGCACUCCUUCGUCCAAUGCCAGCCUUUUGAGCGCCUCUUCAAGGUGCUUCUGUCACCUGACUACCUGCCUGCCAUGAGACGACGCCGCAGCUCUGACCCUCUGGGAGACACGGCAUCCAACCUGGGCAGUGCUGUGGAUGAACUGAUGAGACACCAACCCACUCUGAAGACUGACGCCACUACUGCCAUCAUCAAGUUACUGGAGGAGAUCUGUAACCUGGGCCGAGCCCCGGAGUACAUCUGUCAGAAGCCCUCUAUCCAGAAGACUGAUGGCACCGUGACCGCGCCCCCGGCACGCUCUUCCCACGCCGCCGAGGAGGCCUCCAGCGAAGACGAGGAGGAGGAAGAGGCACUCCAUACCUUCACCCAGCAGCAGGGGGAGCCAGAGAGCAACAGACAGGUUGUUGGCACCGAAGAGAGGAUACCCAUUCCUCUGAUGGAUUACAUUCUCAAUGUGAUGAAGUUUGUGGAGUCCAUCCUGAGUAACAACACGACCGACGACCACUGUCAGGAGUUUGUCAACCAGAAGGGUCUCCUGCCCCUGGUCUCCAUCCUGGGUCUACCCAAUCUGCCCAUUGACUUCCCAACAUCAGCUGCCUGCCAGGCUGUAGCCGGGGUCUGCAAGUCCAUACUGACCCUGUCCCAUGAGCCCAAGGUGCUCCAGGAAGGGCUGUGUCAGCUGGACAGCAUCCUGUCGGCCCUCGAGCCGCUCCACCGCCCUAUCGAGGUCCCCGGGGGCUCUGUGCUCCUCCGAGAGCUCGCCACCGCCGGUCACGUGACCGACGCCACGCUUUCGGCCCGCGCCACGCCCCUGCUACACGCGCUCACCGCUGCACACGCCUAUAUCCUGAUGUUCGUGCACACCUGCAGGGUAGGGCAGAGUGAGAUCAGGGCCAUCAGUGUGAACCAAUGGGGCUCCCAGCUAGGUCUGAGUGUUCUCAAUAAGCUGAGCCAGCUCUACUGCUCUCUGGUCUGGGAGAGCACUGUGCUGCUAUCACUCUGCACACCCAACAGUCUCCCCCCAGGCUGUGAGUUUGGCCAGGCUGACAUGCAGAAGCUUGUUCCCAAGGAGGACAAGCCAUCUGGCAGCACCACAGCCACCGCCUCAGGAUCCAGGAGAGCUGCUGAUUCUGACACUGUUGCUUUGGACCCCCCUGCCACGGGUCUCCUGGAGGGGAUGGGGUUGGACGGGGACACACUAGCCCCCAUGGAGACUGACGAGCCGACCGCCGGCACCGCUGACCCCAAGACCAAGUCUAAACUGACUCCCGCCAUGGCCACACGCAUCAAACAGAUCAAACCCCUGCUCUCCGCAUCGUCUCGCCUGGGCCGGGCUCUGGCUGAACUCUUUGGUCUGCUGGUGAAGCUGUGUGUGGGCUCUCCAGUCCGCCAGCGCCGCUCUCACCACGCCACCAGCACGGGCACUGCCCCCACCCCCGCCGCCAGGGCCACCGCCUCCUCCCUCACCAAGCUGCUUACCAAGGGCCUCAGCUGGCAGCCCCCGCCCUACACCCCCACCCCUCGCUUCAGGCUGACGUUCUUCAUCUGCUCGGUGGGCUUCACGUCCCCCAUGCUGUUCGAUGAGAGGAAGUACCCCUACCACCUCAUGCUGCAGAAGUUCUUCUGCUCCGGAGGACAUGACGCGCUCUUUGAGACAUUUAACUGGGCUCUUACUAUGGGUGGUAAGGUGCCUGUCUCUGAGGGCUUGGAGCACACUGAGCUUCCUGACGGGACAGGGGAGUUUCUGGAUGCCUGGCUGAUGCUGGUGGAGAAGAUGGUGAAUCCCAGUACCGUGCUGGACUCACCCCACAGCCUGCCCGUCAAGGUCCCUGGGGUUACACCCACCACCCCCCAAUUCAGCGCCCUGCGGUUCCUCAUCGUCACUCAGAAGGCGGCGUUUAACUGCAUCCGAAGCCUGUGGAACAGGAAACCCCUCAAAGUGUACGGGGGCCGCAUGGCUGAGUCCAUGUUGGCCAUACUCUGUCACAUCCUUCGUGGUGAACCAGUCAUCCAGGAGCGGCUGGCCAAGGAGAGGGAGGGCACGGCCCGGCCAGAGGAGGAGGGGGGCCCAGGGGCCACCACGGUGCCUGUAGGCCCCAGCUCUGGAGCUGGAGGUGGAGUUGGAGUUGUAGGAACCCCUGGAGCAGCAGUGACUGCAGCAGAGGUGCCAGCAGGUUCCGGGUCAGGACCGGCUACCGGAGGCAGUUCAGCACCACCUGCACCAGGUGAAGCAGCCGAGGACUCUAGUAACUCUACUCCCAGGAGAGAACCACAGGUUAACCAGGUUCCGCUACAGCAGGGGCAGGGAGGAGGCAGGGAGAGGCAGCCAAACGUCAACCAGCAGCAGCUACAGCAGCUGAUGGACAUGGGUUUCUCCAGAGAGCAUGCCAUGGAGGCCCUGGUGAACACCAGCACCAUGGAGCAGGCCACAGAGUACCUGCUCACACACCCUCCUCCUCUACUCAGCGGAGCCGUCAGGGACAUGACCAUGUCAGAAGAAGACCAGAUGAUGAGAGCCAUCGCCAUGUCUCUGGGACAAGAGGUCAGCAUGGAGCAGCGCUCUGAUUCACCCGAGGAGGCGGCGCGUCGUCGUGAGGAGGAUGACAGGAGAGCCAGGGAGCGUACGGAGGAGGAGGAGGCUCGCUGCCUGGAGAGGUUCCUGGAGGCCGAGCCCCUGGACAUUACGGAGCUCCACGCCUUCACUGACUCCAUGCUCCCCGGCUGCUUCCACCUGCUGGACGAGCUGCCAGACACAGUCUACCGCCUCUGUGACUUGCUCAUGACCGCCAUCAAGAGGAGCGGCCCCGAGUACAGGGACCUCAUCCUACGACAGGUCGUCAACCAGGUGUGGGAGGCAGCAGACGUGCUGAUCAAGGCAGCAGUACCCCUGACCACCAGCGACACCAAAACGGUGUCCGAGUGGACCAAACAGAUGGCCACCCUGCCCCAAGCCUCCAACCUGGCAACACGCAUCCUGCUGCUCACACUGCUCUUUGAGGAGUUGAAGUUGUCAUGUGCCAGGGUGGUGGAGAACAGUGGGAUCCUCAAUGUGCUCAUCAAGCUGCUGGAGGUGGUGCAGCCCUGUCUGCAGGCUGCCAAGGAGCAGAAGGACAUCCAGACACCCAAGUGGAUCACUCCAGUGUUGCUGAUCAUUGACUUCUACGAGAAAAUGGCCGUCUCAUCCAAACGCAGAGCGCAGAUGAACAAGUACCUGCAGCCCAAUGGUAAUAACUGGCGUUGGUUUGAUGACCGGUCCGGCCGCUGGUGCAGCUACUCUGCCUCUAACAACAGCACUAUAGACUCAGCCUGGAGGGCUGGAGAAAGCAGCGUCCGAUUCACCGCGGGACGCAGGCGAUACACCGUACAGUUCAACACCAUGGUCCAGGUGAAUGAGGAGACGGGUAACCGUCGUCCGGUGAUGCUCACGGUCCAGAGAGUGCCUCGCGUUCCUAAGCCAGCCAAGACAGGCAGCAUGACGGACUCUGAGAGAGAUGAGGGAGACAGGGGCAAGGCAGAGGAGACCCAGACAGACCCAGACUCUGCCCCAGUAGCUGUGGAGAUGAGUGCUCCAAAAGAGGACAAUGCUACCCCCCAACUAAAAGAGUCCUCCUCCGGUCCCUCUGCUCCCCCCGCCCCCCCUCCCACAGCCCCCCUGGACCCCACAUCGGAACGCACCGGGACAGGAGGAGCCAUCGUGGUGCAGGGCCUGACGGAGGAUAUGACCACAGUGCUCAUCAGAGCCUGUGUCUCCAUGAUCAGUGUCCCUGUGGACCCAGACACCCUCCACGCCACACUAAGGCUAUGCCUGCGCCUGACGAGGACCCACCAUUACGCCAUGAUGUUUGCUGAGCUGAAGAGUACCAGGAUGAUCCUGGGGCUGACACAGGGGUCAGGGUUCAACGGCUUCACGCCCCUCGUCACCCUGCUGUUCAGACACAUCAUAGAGGACCCCGCCACGCUACGACACACCAUGGAGAAGGUGGUACGGUCAGCAGUAACCAGCGGGGCGGGCAGCACCACGUCAGGUGUGGUAUCAGGCUCCCUGGGCUCCAGAGAGAUCAACUACAUUCUACGUGUUCUGGGCCCUGCCGCCUGCCGAAACCCGGACUGCUUCGCUGACACAGCCAACAGCUGCGUCCGCAUCGCCCUGCCCGCACCUCGUGGAGCUGGUACGGCCUCAGAUGAUGAGUUUGAGAAUCUGCGUAUAAAGGGGCCCAACGCGGUGCAGCUAGUGAAGACCACCCCCCUCAAAAUGUCUCCGCUGCCCCCCAUCCCUGACACCAUCAAAGAGGUCAUCUAUGACAUGCUAAAUGCCCUGGCCGCCUACCACGCCCCUGAAGAGGCGGAGCGUCCAGAGGAGCGUGCGGUGGCGGUGCCCGGGGGGCAGGACCUGUGUCAGAUCCUCCAGGAUGUGGGCGACGACGUUUACCAGCAGUACAGACUCACCAGACAGGGCAGUGACUUCGACUCGCAGUCCGCUUUCCAUAUCAACCCCCAGGUGUUUUCUGCAGAUGGAGCGGUAGCUGAUUCCUCUCAGUCUGGAACACCCCAGGGAGAAGCCUCUACUCCAGAGGAGAUGCGUGAGGAGAAGAAGGAGGUGGAGGGGGAGAAGGGAGCCAGCUCAGAGGAGGGUAAGGGGGCCAAGGCUAAGGCCUCCAAGCCCCUGAUGCCCACCUCCACCAUCCUGCGUCUCCUGGCAGAGCUGGUCAGGUCCUACGUGGGCAUCGCCACCCUCAUAGCAUCCUACUGCUACACGGCCGGACAGUCUGAGCUCAUCAAGGAGGACUGCAGUGUAUUAGCCUUCGUGCUGGACCACCUGUUGCCCCACACCCAGAGCUCUGAGGACAAGGACACCCCAGCCCUGGCACGCCUCUUCCUGGCCAGCCUGGCAGCCGCUGGCACAGGCACCGAUGCACAGGUGGCCCUGGUCAAUGAGGUGAAGGCAGCACUCAGCCGGGCGCUGGCCAUGGCAGAGGGCACUGAGAAACACGCCAGGCUCCAGGCGGUGAUGUGCAUCAUCAGCACCAUCAUGGAGUCGUGUCCGUCCACCUCGAGCUUCUACAGCACGUCAGCAGCCAAGACGCAGCACAACGGCAUGAACAACAUCAUACGCCUCUUCCUCAAGAAAGGACUGGUCAACGACCUGGCUAGAGUACCGCACAGCCUCGAUCUGUCCAGUCCCAACAUGGCAAACACAGUGAAUGCAGCUCUGAAGCCCUUAGAGACUCUGUCCCGCAUCGUCAACCAGCCCAGCAGCCUGUUUGGAGGGAAGGGGGGAUCCAGCAAGAACAAGGCUGAGCACGACACUGUGGGAGCCGCCAGGGACUCCAAUAGCAACACACAAGGUGACUCUGGUGAGGCUGAGGGGACUCUGGUGGAGGGCAGUCACAGGGUCCAGGGGACAGACAGUGACCUGAUGGACGGAGAGACUGAGGGAGACACGGCAGUCAUCGCUGGUCAGCCAGAGGUGCUCAGCACAACGGCCAUGCAGGUGGAGAACGAGCUGGUGGAUCUGAUAGACGAGCUGUUGGAGAGAGACGCUGGCGCCGUCAAUAGCUCCAUUAUCGUGGGACGUGGCAGUGGUGAGGAUGAAUCACAAGAGGACGUGUUGAUGGAUGAGGCACCCUCCAAUAUCAGUCAGGCUUCUACUCUACAGGCCAACCGAGAAGACUCUAUGAACAUCCUGGAGCCUGAGGAUGAGGAGCACACGCAGGAGGAGGACUCCAGUGGCAGCAACGAUGAAGAAGACAGCCAGGACGAAGAGGAGGAGGAAGAAGAGGAAGAGGAGGAGGAUCAGGACGAUGAAGAAGGAGAUGAGGAUGAUGACGAUGAGGGUUCGGAGAUGGAGCUGGAUGAAGAUUUCCCAGACAUCAACGCUGCGCCACACAUCCGCUUCGAGAGGUUUGACCGCGACGAUGACCUCAUCAUAGAGUUUGACAACAUGUUCUCCACCACCGCUGACAUCCCUCCCUCCCCAGGCAACAUUCCCAGCUCUCACCCCCUGAUGGUGCGUCACGCCGACCACGGCUCCCUAACGCUGGGCGGAGCCGGCACCAACAACCGCCUGGCGCAGGGCAUGGGUCGUAGCCAGAGAACACUACGCCAGCUCACCGCCAACACGGGCCACACGAUACACGUCCACUACCCCGGGAACAGACAGCCCAACCCUCCACUCAUCCUGCAGAGACUGCUAGGUCCCAGUGCUGCAGCAGACAUCCUGCAGCUGUCCAGCUCUCUGCCCCUGCAGUCCCGCGGCCGCGCACGUCUCCUGGUGGGCAACGAGGACGUGCACAUUAUCGCCCGCUCCGACGACGAGCUGCUCGACGACUUCUUCCAUGAGCAGAGCAGCACCGGAGGACAAGCAGGCACUCUGUCCAGUAUCCCCACUGCCUUAACCCGAUGGACUGAUGAGUGUAAAGUACUGGACGCUGAGAGCAUGCACGACUGUGUAGCAGUGGUGAAGGUUCCUAUCCUGCAGCACUUGGAGACCCUGAGAGAUGAGGAGCUGGAGGAGAGGAGGGAGAAGAAAAGACGCCAGCUGGCGGAGGAGGAGGAGGCUAAGCAGAACGACAGAAGGACAGGAGGAGAGGAGGCCAGGGAGCAGAGUCUACAGGGCUCGGGACUGGGGAUGGUCAAUGGUGCGGCUGGAGAGACCACUGCUGAAGGUGAGGCCCAGGGCAGUGGUGUGUCUUGCCUGGACCCCCCUCGGGUCUCGGAUGGUUUCCUCACCGCUCCCCCCUCAGGAGAGGUCACCCCCACAACACCCGCCCCCCACGAACAGGCCCUGGUUUCCCUGGAGACUGCCAUCAGCCAGCAGGUCCACCAGCCAAUUGCAGACCUGCUCCUGGCAGAGUCGCAUGCCAAUUCAUUGGCCGCCCUGGCAGGGGCCGGUCUUCCUGCCCUUGCGGCGGCAUCCGAUAGGCCGACCUGUGAAGUGGAGGCGUCACAGAUGGAGAUGUCCCCGGUGCCCACUAUUGCCUCCCUGAGUCCAGACAUCGUGGAGACCGCUGAGCCUGCAGCGGUGGGCUUGUCACUACUGGAAGGGUCUCCCAUGGAUACCAGUAGCCCCAUUUCUGCCACGCAGGAAGAGCCCGUCCUCAACUCCACCCAGGCUGUCCAUCUUCCACAGGAGCUGUCAGGGAGUGGAGACGGCGGACUGACGGCCAGGCAGACAGACGGGGAGUCAGGCUCCACCUCUGUCUCCUCCCCUGGAGAGACCAUGCCCCGGAGUGACAGCGCAGACAGCCAAUCCCAGGCCAUCCAGGAAGAGCCCUUCCCAUCCACCAGCAAUGAAGAUGAGGACCCACUGGCAGGCAUCAGUCUACCAGAGGGUGUAGACCCAUCCUUCCUGGCAGCUCUUCCAGAGGAUAUCCGUCGUGAGGUGCUCCAGAACCAGCUGGGUAUCCGACCCCCAGCACGCCCCCCUGCCGCCGCCACCCUCCCCUCCACCACUGCCCCCAUACUGGGAGGAGGACCCGGCGUCACAGAAGUCAGCCCUGAGUUCCUGGCUGCCCUGCCACCCGCCAUACAGGAGGAGGUCCUGGCCCAACAACGUGCUGAACAGCAGCGUAGAGAGCUGUCCCAGCAGCCCACGCAGGGCGACACUCCCCUGGACCCCGUCACAUUCAUCCAGACCCUCCCCUCGGAGUUGCGGCGCUCCGUCCUAGAAGACAUGGAGGACAGCGUGCUGGCUGUCAUGCCCCCGGACAUCGCCGCCGAGGCAGCCGCGCUGCGCCGGGAGCAGGAGGCUCGUCAGAGACAGCUGAUGCACGAGAGGCUGUUCGGCCAUAGUUCCAGCUCGGCCCUGUCGGCCAUUUUGAGGUCGCCUGCAUUUACCAGCCGCCUGGGGGGCAACCGAGUACAGUACACCCGCCUUGCCGUACAGAGAGGCGGGACCUUCCAAAUGGGAGGAGGGGCCAACCAGAGCAGACCGUCCAGUUCCAGUGUGGACUCUCUGCUGCGUCUGCGGGGUCGUCUGCUCCUGGACCACGAGGCAUUGUCCUGUCUACUAGUCCUCCUCUUCGUAGACGAACCCAAACUCAACACCAGCCGUCUGCACCGUGUGCUCCGCAACCUGUGCUACCACUCCCAGACGCGUGGCUGGGUCAUCCGCAGUCUCCUCUCCAUCCUGCAGCGCAGCAGCGAGAGUGAGGUUUGUGUCGAGACCACCCGCCUGGAAGACGCCAGAGGCAAGCGGACUGCCGGCGGUCAGGGAGGUUACGGAGGGAGUAAAGGGUCUACGACCGCAGCAACCGCUUCCGCCUCCCUCUCUUCCUCCUCUCUGGAGCUUCUCAACCGGGUGGAGUCGCGUAGCUCCUCCCAGCUCUCUUGGCUGUCCGUUUCCAUGGACGCGGCGCUAGGAUGCCGUACAAACAUUUUCCAGAUCCAGCGGGCGUCGGGACGGAAGCAUGCCGACCGGCACUCUGCAGGAGGGUCGACCGUACACAUCCACCCCCAGGCCGCCCCUGUGGUCUGUCGGCACGUACUGGAUACUCUUAUCCAACUGGCCAAGGUGUUCCCCAGUCACUUCACCCAGCAGCGCUGUAAGGACCUGCUCUCCUCCUCCACAUCUGAACUAGACUCCCGUCUGUGUGCUGCUGCCUCUAUCGUCACCGGAACAGCAGGAGGAGGCUCUAGAUCCACCCAGACCUCCUCCAACACCCCCUCCUCAGCCCAGAACUCCCUGGGUGGGGGCGCCUGUGGCGCGGCCAUCACCCCCCAGUCCCUUGGCAUCUCUACCGACUUCUGGGACCUGCUGGUGAAGCUGGACAACAUGAAUGUGUCGAGGAAAGGCAAGGCCUCCAUGAAGACUCUUCCCCUGGGGGCGGGAGGGGAGGCAGACGGGGCUCAGUUCAGCCUGGAGGCUUCUCCUCUGGGCCAGCUGAUGAAUAUGCUGUCCCACCCAGUGAUACGACGCUCCUCCCUGCUAACCGAGAAGCUCCUGCGUCUCCUCUCCCUCAUCUCCAUCGCCCUGCCCGAUAAUAAGGCUACGGAAGUCCCCGCCGGACACCCAACACCGCAGACCACCACCGUCGGUGCAGCCGUCGCCGCUCCAGGCUCUGUCUCUGCCUCUGCUCAGGGGAACACUGUAGGGGUGGUCUCAGGCGUCGGGGUGGUGUCGGGGGCCUCGGUAGUGGCUGCAGCGCAGGGCUCGUCCUCAGGGACAGGCCAGACUUCUACAGCUAUAGUCUCUAUACCUACCACUACUGGAGCCAGCGCCACAGGGAAGCAUAGAGCGACCGUGCUCUGUGUUGAAAGUGACACCAAGCUGGCCUCCACUGGACUCACUGAGAAACAACUACAGCUCUCUGUCGAGGUGCUGACCAGUCACUCGUGUUCAGAGGAGGGUCUGGAGGAUGCAGCCAACAUCCUGCUCCAGCUGUCCAGAGGAGAUGGAACCACCAGAGACACUGUGCUCCGUCUGCUGCUGAGUGGGGCUAGGCACCUGGGAUACACACUCUGCAAACAGAUUGGCACAUUAUUGGCUGAGCUGCGUGAGUACAACCUGGAGCAGCAGAGGAGAGCCCGGGCCGACGCCCAGUCACCUGAUGCCCCGGCCGAGGACACCUCCCUCUCUGCCAGGCUGAAGGCCGGCAAGCUCUCUAGCAGGUUCGACGGCUCGGAGAGCGUGGUGAUCGUGGCAGCCCAGAAACGGACGCUGGGUGGGCGGGAGCUGCAGCUGCCCUGCAUGUCCUCCCUGACCUCGAAGACAUCCACCCAGAAGUUCUUCCUGCGGGUUCUGCAGGUCAUCAUCCAACUCCGAGAGGACACGCGCCGCGCCAACAAGAAGGCCAAGCAGACCGGACGACUAGGCUCCACCAGUCUGGGCUCUGCCAGCAGUAUCCAGGCAGCGGUACGUCAGCUUGAAGCAGAGGCUGACGCCAUCAUCCAGAUGGUGAGAGAGGGGCAGCGGGCACGCCGCCUCCAGCAGGCACCCCCGCCUUCCGCCUCUGUCGCCGGAUCCUCCGUGGCUGCCUCCCAUGCCCCCGCCGCUGCCCCCCCUGCCCCCGGCACGGCGAGCGCUGCAACGUCGGAGGUAGGGUCAGUGUCGGAGCCCCAGGCAGCCCAGAGGGAUGAGUCUCCCAUGGAUGUAGACCAGCCAUCCCCUCUGGAGCAUGACCUUGCACCCCUGGAUGAAGAAGGCAACGGCCAAUCUGAGACAGAGGAGCGUCUCCCAGACCUCCCCCUGCUAAGCGAGCAGCUUCUGUUAGACGAGCUGUGGGACAUGCUCGGGGAGUGCCUGAAGGAACUGGAGGAGUCACAUGAUCAGCACGCCGUUCUGGUUCUUCAGCCGGCAGUGGAGGCCUUCUUCCUGGUCCACGCCACAGAGAGGGAGAGCAAGCCCCCCGUCAGGGACACCAGGGAGAGCCAAUUGUCCCACAUCAAAGAUGAGCCUCCCCCCCUGUCCCCCGCGCCGCUCACCCCCGCCACCCCUUCUUCUCUGGACCCCUUCUUCUCCAGGGAACCCUCCUCCAUGCACAUUUCCUCCAACCUGCCUCCCGACACACAGAAGUUCCUCCGCUUUGCCGAGACUCACCGCACCGUUCUUAACCAGAUUCUGCGUCAGUCCACCACCCACCUGGCCGACGGACCCUUCGCUGUGCUGGUCGACUACAUCCGUAUCCUCGACUUUGACGUCAAGAGGAAAUACUUCCGUCAGGAGCUGGAGCGUCUGGACGAGGGUCUGAGGAAGGAGGACAUGGCUGUCCAUGUCAGGAGGGACCAUGUCUUUGAAGACUCUUACAGAGAGCUGCACCGCAAGAGCCCCGAGGACAUGAAGAACAGACUGUACAUAGUGUUUGAAGGGGAGGAGGGUCAGGAUGCCGGAGGUCUGCUGAGAGAGUGGUACAUGAUCAUCUCCAGGGAGAUGUUUAACGCCAUGUACGCCCUGUUCCGCACCUCGCCCGGCGACAGGGUCACCUACACCAUUAACCCCUCGUCCCACUGCAACCCAAACCACCUCAGCUACUUCAAGUUCGUAGGUCGCGUGGUGGCCAAGGCCGUCUACGACAACCGACUACUGGAGUGCUACUUCACACGCAGCUUCUACAAGCACAUCCUGGGCAAGAGUGUCAGGUACACAGACAUGGAGAGUGAGGACUACCCAUUCUUCCAGGGCCUUGUCUACCUGCUGGAGAAUGAUGUCUCCACUCUGGGCUACGAGCUGACGUUCAGCACUGAGGUCCAGGAGUUUGGUGUGUGUGAGGUGCGGGACCUGAAGCCUAACGGAGGCAACAUCAUUGUCACCGAGGAGAACAAGAAGGAGUACGUCCACCUAGUCUGUCAGAUGAAGAUGACUGGUGCGAUCCGUAAGCAGCUGUCAGCCUAUCUGGAGGGUUUCUACGAGAUCAUCCCCAAGAGGCUGAUCUCCAUCUUCACAGAGCAGGAGCUGGAGCUGCUCAUAUCUGGCCUGCCCACUAUAGAUAUAGACGACCUCAAGGCCAACACCGAGUACCACAAGUACCAGUCCAGCUCCAUACAGAUCCAGUGGUUCUGGCGGGCCCUGCGUUCCUUCGACCAGGCGGACAGAGCCAAGUUCCUGCAGUUCGUGACGGGCACGUCCAAGGUUCCUCUGCAGGGCUUCGCCGCGCUGGAGGGCAUGAACGGAAUACAGAAGUUCCAGAUCCACCGCGACGACCGCUCCACCGACCGCCUACCGUCAGCUCACACCUGCUUUAACCAGCUGGACCUCCCAGCCUACGAGAGCUACGAGAAACUGAGACACAUGCUGCUGCUGGCCAUUCAGGAAUGCUCAGAGGGAUUCGGACUGGCUUAGACCUACCCACACUGAGACUCUUAACAUAUACACACGAUUUAUCUUGCCUACUCUGAAAGAUUGAAACUGAUGACACACAGACGCACCAUCAUUGACAUUACUGGUUGACUUGUUGGAAAAAUGGCCUCUAGACAUACAACUGGUUCCUAAUCCAUAUAAAGAAACAGACCGACAAGCAGCGUGGUAUGAUGGACUGACUGAUAUUACUUACUACACACAGAGCUUCAUGUCAAUAGACACACAGACCUGUACCUGGUAUGUGUGAAUCUCCCUCCCACAUUAAAAUGGCAGAAACCUGAGAGGGAGUGAAUUCAGAGGAUAAAAACAUGGACUAAUAUAAAAUACAUUUUCUCUGUUUAGUUUGAUUUCUCUGUACAAAAGGUUUGGGAGUUUAUGUUUAAUCUUUUUUGUUCUUCUCUGGCUGUGUAAAAAGGAGAAGGUUGUUUGUGUGUCUGAACAGGAUGGUUAUAAAACCUUUGGGGGAAAAUGUUGGUUGUUUCUUGUUUGCGAAUUUGUGACCUCAUAAGCCUUGAAGAUGGGGGGAAAUGUUUUUAUGGGGAAAGAAGGAGAAAAAUAAGUUUUGAAGAAAUGCACUUUUCAAAGUUGUGGCAUUUUUAUGGAAGGAUGGUCCAAAAAAAAUGAAGAGAACAAGUGAAGAAAGCAGAUGAUAAAGAAAUUAACCAUAAAAUCUAGAGUAUUUUUGGCUAUUAAAUCGCUGACCCAGCCUUGAGCCUUUGAAUCAGUGAAAUAACUACAUGAAUAAAUGCAUAAAAUUGA